GCCCCACUGUGGCCUUUGUCCCAAUCGGUGGCAGUGCUUCCACUCACGUCAGCAUAACGGGAACAGCUCUCCUGCAGAAAGUUACGGAGACGUGCCGGGCAGUGGCUGAGGCAGCUGGCCACGAGUUCAAACCCACGGGUUCCUCUCCUGCAGAGAUUGUUCAGGCCUGUUUAGGUCCCACAGCAACAGGGGAUGUUUCUGGUGCCAAGUUCCAAUCAGCUCUUCAAGAGAUCUACGUCCAGAAUGGGCUGGUGGACCGAAACUUUGUCCACAGUGCUCCACAUCACUUUGACUCCGAAGCCUUCUUGGAGGGGCGUGGCCUAAUCAUGGAGGGCCUGGUGGCAAUUAAGGCUAACAUUCGAGAGGAGAACUUCAAGGCUGCCAGGGAGACACURGGGAGAAUCCUUCAUACAUUACAGGACUUCUACAGUCACAGUAACUGGGUGGAGCUGGGAUACACAGAGCCGUAUAUCAACCUCAUCCGGCCAGAUCUCCCUCUAGAAAACCUGGCAGAUGUGAACACUGCCACCUGCAGUGACUGUGCCAGUGGAACAUGCUCCAAUCCCAUCCUCCCCAACAUCCUGAAGGAGAAGAAACUCACAUCAGGCUACAUGGGAAUCUUCACUUCUGCAAAACCUCAAGGUAAGUGCAGUCAUGGAGGUGUAUCUGAUCUCACCAGCACCGUCGUCCCACGAGGAGGCAUCAGCAAAGACGAGCGCCGCUCAGACAAUGUGGCUCUCCAUGAAGCUGCUGUAAAAACAGCCACAGCUGCCAGCCUCCAGCUGUUGGAGGACAUCCGCUCAGCUGCAGGAGACAAGGACUUUCUAAGGAUGAUGGGGAUUGCUCGCUCAGCUGUGGUGUGCUUUGUGAUUGACACCACGGGUAGUAUGUCUGAUGACAUAGAAGAAGCUAGAUCAGUUGUAUACCAAAUCAUUGACAGCAAAAAGGGAACACAGGAUGAGCCAUCCGAGUAUAUCCUUGUGCCUUUCAAUGACCCAGACUUUGGACCUAUGAUCAGGACAACUGACCCUGAAAAAAUGAAAACCGAAAUCUCUAAACUUAAAGCAUCAGGUGGUGGAGACAUCCCAGAGAUGUGCCUGUCAGGACUUCAGUUGGCUCUCACUGGCGCUCCUUCCUCAUCCCACAUUUAUGUUUUCACUGAUGCUGAAGCUAAAGACAUUGCCUUGAAAGACACUAUAGUUGCUCUCAUCAGGAGCACCAAGUCAACGGUUUCAUUUUUUAUGACUGCCGGCAAGAGAGGUCGUCGUUCUGUCACGUAUGCUUCCUUUAAUGACUACAGUGACUUAGCUUUGGCAUCUGGAGGCCAGGCCAUCAAGGUGUCCAAGAACCAGUUGCCUCAGGCGACAGAUGUUAUCCUUGACACGUCAACUUCYGCCCUGGUGACCGUCCUUCAGAGAGCAAGAAAUACUGGAAGAGAAGAAACUUUCCCCUUCACUUUAGAUGAAUCACUAAAAAACAUCACAAUCUACCUCACAGGAACUUCCUUAACUUUUACAAUGACCAACCCUGCAGGCAUAAGCCAGAAUCACAAUGAGGCCAGUGGUAAACUGGGGACUAUUAAGACAGUGGGUAACCUCUGGAGAAUUCGUCUCAACUCUGACAAGCAGUCAGGGACCUGGAAAAUCAACAUCAAAACAGCUCAGCCAUACACACUCAAAGUUACAGGGCAGAGUACAAUUACCUUCAUUUAUGACUUUGUGGAAAGGUUCACAGGACCSCACCCAGGUUAUGCUGUAAUCAGUGGACGUCCACAAUCAGGCCAGCCAGCCACAUUGAUGCUUUCAGUAAUUGGCAGAAAAGGUCCGUCUUCGAUGUCUGUUGAAGAGGUCGGCUUGGUAAUUGUGUCUGGUCCUGAGAAUGUGACCAAUGGUGUCAUCACUGACAUGGGCAACGGAGACAUCCUGGUCACCGUUGACGCGGUUCCUGAGGGGGAGUUUGUAGUUGUUCUGAAUGGGACAGACAAAGUGUCCAAUAGCGAAUUUCAAAGGCAGUCAACCACCCAGAUGUCCGUCUCCAAAGUCAAUAUUCAGGCUGUGGUGGGCAGCAGUGUUGUGCCAGGAGAAAACUUUAAUUUCCCCUUUAGUGUGAUGACCCAAGGAGCUGGUGGUACAUACACCAUUAAUGCCAGGAAUGACAGGAACUUUCCCAUGACAUACCCCUCCAGGCUCACGCUGACGACUGGACGAUAUGCUAACGCUACGCUGACUAUUACAGCACCUGUCAACACAGAAUCAGGCACCGACGUCACUCUGACUAUUGAAGCCAAGUCRUCCAGCGGUGCUGACUCCAAUUACGCUGUUCUGAGAUUGUCUGUGGUCACCAAGAUCACAGACUUCUAUCAGCCCCAGUGUGAAGUGUUUGGAGUGCUGGCUGAUGACUGCCCUAAAGAUUUGUCCCAGUGUGGAUCUUUCCACUGGGAGCUCUCAGCUAACCUGACUGAUGGAAACGGCACUGGGAUAGAGAGCAUUUCUCUACGUCAGGGCAACGGGACCCUUUCACACCCAUCACUGCCGGCUUCCUUCAUCCAAGCAAGCUACAAUGCUUCUUGCUGCUCACAGAUCGUUGAGUUUAUAGCUGUGGAUAAAGUUGGAAAUGUGGGCAAAUGUUAUCAUGCAAUUGUUCCUUCAGGAGGUUCUGUUGCUCUGAGUCUGUCACUGCCUCUGUGGCUCUGCCUGCUGGUGUCAGCUUUAGUAGGAAGACCUUGAGAGUUUAGUUUGUUGGCAAUGAACGACUUCUUGUCUAAAUUUAAGCUCUUUUAAAAUUCUUUAGACGGUGGUUAUACACUUUGCUUCUUUUUAAAUAAAACGUGUAACUUUA